CUUUUAUAAAGAGAGAGGUCCCCAUUGUCUUCCUCGUCACAAAACUCACUUUACACAGAGACAAGACAGAGAAAGAAAACCCUAAUUUUAAGGCAGAAGAGCGAUGUCGAGUUCUGCCGAGUAUCGGGAAUUUUCUGGUCGGAAGUUACAGAAGACGCCGAGCUUCUCACAGACAUGUAGCCGUUUGAGUCGUUAUCUCAAGGAGAAGGGUAGCUUCGGAGAUCUGAGCUUGGGGAUGACAUGCAACCCUGACGUCACUGGAGUUUUUGCUGUGUCACGUCAGCCAACGAUGAUGAAUCUCUUCCCUUGUGAAGAAGCUUCCCCUACUCAAGACGUUAAACCAACGCAUAAGGUUCCUCGGCAGUCAAGCUUUUCUUCUUCCUCUUCCGCUGGAGCCAAGGGAGAAGUCGAGAAGAUCAUAGAGACUAAAUCUGUGAAGGUGGAGUCUCAAUCUGCUCCAUUGACCAUAUUCUACGGUGGACAAGUUAUGGUGUUUGAUGCUUUUCCUGCGGAGAAAGCCAAACAAGUCAUUGACUUGGCUAACAAAGGAAGUGAUUAUGCUCAAAACAUAGCCAAGAACCAAAAGGAGAUUGCUUCUACUACCCCAAAUCCAGUUCCUAGCCUUGCAAAAACUGCAGCAGCACCAGAGCUAGUCCAGACAAACACGUCUUCCUUAGCAUGCGAACUUCCAAUUGCUAGAAGAGCUUCGCUUCAUCGAUUCCUGGAGAAGAGAAAGGAUAGGAUUACAUCAAAGGCACCGUACCAGAUAGACGGUUCAACCGAAGCAUCUUCCAGGCCUGACACAUCUUGGCUAGGUUCUCAGUAAUCUUGACCAUCUCUAAAGAUUCUGUUGAUGCUUCCAUCGUUUACAGAUAUCAAGCUCCUCACUUGUUCAUUAUUUAUAUAAAAUUGAUUUUCACGCCUAGUCGUUUUGUUUGUUCAAUGCACCAUCAGUAAUAUCUGUUGUAUCAAUGUGGUCUUCUAUUUUUUUUGUGGGUUUAAACCUAUCUGCCGAUCUCAACAUUUGGUUGCAACUUUUGUAAGAAAUAUCAGUUCUGUUUUUUUUUUGACGGCUUUAAUAUCAUCUUAAUUCAAAAUUA